AUGGAGGGCGUGGAGGUAUCCGACGAGCCCGAGGACGGCCAGGAGCACCACGGCCGCAAGAGGAAGCGCCGCAUCCUGUUCACCAAGUCCCAGACCUACGAGCUGGAGCGGCGCUUCCGCCAGCAGCGAUACCUGUCGGCGCCGGAGCGGGAGCACUUGGCCUCGCUCAUCAACCUCACACCGACGCAGGUAAAAAUAUGGUUCCAGAACCAUCGCUACAAAACCAAGAAACUCUACCGCGAGAAAGGCCUCCCCUCCACGCUGGAGAACCCCUACGUGCCGACGUCGAACCCCCUGGGCUCGCUGCCGAGUGCGCUGCGCCGCCUGACGGUGCCCCUCCUGGUGCGCGAGAGGCUGUCGUCGGUGACCAGCAGCAGCGGCCGGACAGACGCCCUGCCCCACGAGACGUCGAGCUCCCUGCUGGAGCCCCGACUGCCGCCGCCCCUGCACAUGGCGCCGUCGGUAGCCUUCCCGGGGCUAUUUUCUGGUCUGUUCGGGGCAUCCCAGGGCCUGCUCCCUCCGGCCCUGUCGCAGAACCCUCUCCCUCACGCCCUGGCAGCCUCCCUUACCUCCUCCCUGCUGCUGCCGUCCCACCCGCUCUUCUCGACGGCCUCCUCCCUGUCCACGCCGCUGUCCCUGUUCUCCACGCCCCCCGCCAGCUCCACCGGCGUCGCCCCCAGCAUCGCCCCCGUCACCGUGCUGGAAGGGGGCAGUCGCUCGGCCUCGUCCUCGCCGGUGACGUCCCUCUCGCCGCCGCGGCCUCCCUCGCCCGUCACGAGUGCGUCCGCGGAGACCUCCGUCAGCGCCCCGGCACAGGUGGCCUCCCGCUGGUGA